AGUUAGGCAGGGUGCAGUCCACUGUUCAAGUCCCAUUGUAAAUGUGAACAGUUGGAAAGGCUCGGAAAUCGCAAUUUCCUAAGCCGAAUUCCGACGGCAGAUUGAACAUAUGAUUUACAAUUACCAUGUUACGCAGAAUAAUAUGAUACAUUAUUUCUGCAAGGUAGCUGUCUGUAGCAGUUUCAUUUGCUUCUCACCCAGUUCAGUCUCUCAGUGAUGGAAGCAUGGAUCCGGUCGCUCACGUAACCUUGCUCCUGUUGAUAUCGACGAAUCUAGCCUUUUCUCAAGAGCUUACAGGGCCGAACGUUUGCGCUGAAAGUGUCACUCGCAGGAAGACCAAACAAGUAGAACACACGACUUACACUUACAAUUGCCAACUUGGCCAGCAGACAUGCAGUGUUACACGGAGUAUAACCGUCUAUUACACAGACUACGAGUCUCGCCAGAUUUGUUGUAAAGGAUGGCUACGUAAUGAGAGCAACUGCUUAACACCUUGUCCACUCAAAACCUAUGGACAAAACUGCACUGGUACCUGCGACUGCACCUCAGCAAACAGCCACUGCGAUCCCAUUAACGGGUGUAGUUGUGAUACCGGGUGGAAACCUCCUAACUGCAGCGAGCCAUGUGAUUCUUAUACAUACGGCUUCGCGUGUGCGAAGAACUGCACCUGUCUAAAUGAAGCGACCUGUGAUCCGGUAAACGGGUCUUGUUCCUGCACUCCUGGUUGGAUGGAUCCUGAUUGCAGUAAAGCUUGUCCAGCUGAUCGAUUUGGGGCUAACUGCUUGGACGAAUGUUCCUGUGAUACUGGUGUAACGUGUGAUCGUGUCACGGGAAACUGCACACUCUUGGAAAUCACUUCUGCAGUUCCGGAGGCUACUAACGACCCUACUGAAGCUAUUAUAACGUUGGUAUAUGCUGACAAUGGCAUUGAUGAGGGCAGAAUACACUUCAUGGCUGCACGCCUGGCGGCAACCAUCGCUCUCAUCGUUGGUUGUAUUGUCUUCAUUGUCGCUGUCGUUGGUGCCAGUCUAUAUUUCAUCAGUAAGAGAGUCUUUAAGACCAUCAGAGCGAGAAAUUCGGCGGAUCCGGAAGAGAGAAACUGUAAUAGUAGCCAACGGCCUGAAGACCAGUGCGAGGAGUCAGUGAUACAGCCGUCUCAACCGGCACCAAACUCGAGCCUCGAGGAGGAUGAGAGUGACGUGAACGAGCCAUCACUUGGAAAUGCCGUCGAUGAGGCUGCUACCCUGGCGAACGUGAACGGCCAUGCUGAAGGAACCGAGGCAGCAACCAGCGAAGCAGCGAUAGCAGAGGCGGAACCCGUAGCAGACGGGCUACCCCGAGCAGGCACGGUCCGCCGGAACAAGCGGGACGAACUGCCGCCGACCCUCCCUCGGCCGAAGUGCUCCUGGGCUGAGGACGAAAAUGCUUACUGCGAGCUUGGGGGCGGGCCUGAGCAAAAUCAAACGCUAGCUUCCAAACCAAAGCCUAAUGUAAAGCCCCGACGCUUCACCCGUAAGCCAUCCUCCACUACAAGGACAGAGACGGCUGGAAAUGAGGCCAGUAACAAACGAGAGGAUCCAUUAUAUCACGUCUUGAACCCUGACCAGUCUGGGGAAGAUUAGCCUGCUUCAUCUCCAAUGAGGGACCAGAUUUCACGAAAUGUGUCAUAAUGCAAUCAUUUUCAGGGUUUUUUGUGUUAAAGUACAAAGACUUAACAGAUAUUUCCUACAUUAUACAGUGGACGCUUUUUCGUUGGAACAGUUCCAUUUGUUUAUACCGUGUAAGUCUUUUAGCUCAAAAAUGGCUCUGGUAGAUGUAAUGUAAUGAAGCUUUAGCGGAAUCCCAACUUCCCCGAAUUCUAUACUUUUGACUGUGAAUUCCCGGAAAGCCAGGUCUGCCAAUGUGAGCUCAGUCUUUGAGAUCACGCUUGUACAGUUAUUUUGAUCCUUGCUUCCAAAUAAUUAUGUACAAUACGAAAAGCCGAAUAUACGUCGUCCCUGCGUAUCCCGUGUGAGUAUUAAUUUCCAGGGAUAAUGAUUUAACCUUUCUGUAUCCAAGAAUUUCGUACAUGUACAUGUACCAAUUGUGAUAAUGAGGAAAUAAUGGUACAAACCUAAUGAACUUAUGUUAGGUAAAAAAUUGCACUCUCUUGUAUAUACACGAAAUACAGCCAAACUGGGAUGUGACAAUAACCAUACUUGCGUUUGAUAACGACUCUAGCCCUAAGAAGAGGGGGCCGGUAAGUGCAGGUAAUAGGGACCAUGAAGCUAAUUUACAUAAAUUGCAUAAAGACUGAUAGAACAAUUAGAACCGAAAAGGAGCCGGAAACGUCAUCGAGCACACUCAUCACAAACAGACAAAACCAGCGAGUUGAACGCUGUGAUAUUCAAAACUCGACACCCCUUUGAACACUGUUCUACGAGAGGUGUUCUGUAUAAAAUGAUUUAUUGGUAAUAUAUUUCCUAAAAAUAUAUUAUCUAAUAGAUCUAAGAAAAGAUCUAAUAGAUCUUUAUUAGCAGGAGGAUGUUGAACCACUUAUAAUCAAAGAAAGGUUUGUUUGGGUUUGAUGUUUAUCACACACGUGUUUCUUCACACCACUUUUCAAAGUUCCAUUAGUGCAUGGCUGACAAGGAAGGCUUGUUCUUUGUACUUCCCUAGGUUUGAUACAUAUUUUAAAGAUUUUUAUAAACCCGAAUUUUUAUCGGUGUUAUUAUGAA